GGGGGGUCUCGGCCGCCCCUCGGCGCGCUGGGAGCGGGGGGGGAGCCGGUGGCGGCAGGUGGAUUUCGACACCGGGGUGGGGCCCGUCCCCAGCCCCGUGGGGCUUGCACGGCUCCCGCUGAGUCACGGCCGCCCUGCUGGAGGCUGCGGCCGCCCGGGGGUCUGGGGGCGCCCCGGGGGUGCCCCGGGGGUGCUCCGGGGGUAGAGCCGGCCCGAGCCCGGCUUCAAAGCGCUGCCCGGGGCUCGGCCCGCGGCGCCGCUGCCUCAUCCCGCUGCCAGCCAGCCCGGGGGGGCAGCCCCCCCAAAAAGAGCCGGGGGCUCCCAGCUGGGCCCGGCCUUGGGGCGGCAGGAGGGGCUGAGGCUCCCCCAGCCCGGCUGGGACGCGGCACAGGCGGCUUGGCCCUGUGGGUGCCGUGUCCCCUCGGGGGUGCCCUGUCCCCCCCAUGGGUUUGGGGAUGCCGCCUGCAUCCCCUCGGGGACCCCAGCGGUGUUGGGGGCACAGUCGGGGAGGCGGCCAGGCAGAUGCUGGAGGUUUCCCCGGGUUUUGGAGUCAGGCACCGACCCCUCCGGGCUGCAGACGUGGCCCGCGGGCACCAGGGGCUGGCACAGGGUCUGAGGGGGCGGGGACGGCUAAAAGGGGUGUCCCCCCCGGCUGGUGCCACCAUCCCGGUGUCACGGCGGCGCCGCAGAGCAGCGCAACCGCCUCGGCGGGGGCUCGGCGACCCCCGAACCGCGGCUGCCGGGCGCUGCGGACGCCUCCGGUGCCGGUGCCGGUGCGCGCGGGGACGGGGGGAGCGGAGCUGCGCCCCCCCCUCCUCUCAGAGCUCUUCUCCCCCUCCCCGCCCCGCCGGGCCCCGCAGGUCUGUGCGCGCCGCCCCGCAAUGCUGACGGCGGUCUGCGGCUCCCUGGGAUCCCAGCCCUCGGACGCGCCCCGCGCCUCCCCGACCCACCUGGACCUGCAGCCGCUGCAGCCCUUCCAGCCGCACGGCCCCGCCGCCCCCGGGGCCCCCGACUUCGCCUCGCCGCUGCCCCCGCCCGAGCUGCCGCUGCCGGGGCCCGACGACGCCGCCUUCGCCGCCGCCGCCGCCGGUGCCUACGAGCCCCAUGGCCCCCCGAGGUUAGAGCUGCCCCCCGACGGCCCCGCCGCGCCCGGAGCCUACGCCAAGCUGCUGCCGGCCGGCCCGGACAUGGCGCACCCCUACGAGCCCUGGUUCCGGCCCCCGCACGCCGGAGCCCCCGGCGAGGAGGGCGGAGGCGUCAACUGGUGGGACCUCCACGCCGGAGCCAGCUGGAUGGAGCUGCCCGGGCAGGGCGGGGGGCUGCCGGUGCCCGCGCACCCCGGGCUGCCCGCGGGGCUGGGCGGCUACGGCGGGGGCGAGCACCAGCUCUGCGCGCCCCCCGCCCACCUGCUGCCGCCGCCGCGCAGCAUCUCCUGGCCGCUGGGGCAGGCGGCGUGCCGCUGCCCCAACUGCCAGGAGGCGGAGAGGGGCGGCCCGUGCCCCGAGGGGGCGAAGCGCAAGCACCUGCACAACUGCCACAUCCCGGGCUGCGGCAAGGCGUACGCCAAGACCUCCCACCUGAAAGCCCACCUGCGCUGGCACAGCGGCGACCGGCCCUUCGUGUGCAACUGGCUCUUCUGCGGCAAGCGCUUCACCCGCUCCGACGAGCUGCAGCGGCACCUCCAGACCCACACGGGCGCCAAGAAGUUCUCCUGCCCCGUCUGCGGCCGCGUCUUCAUGCGCAGCGACCACCUGGGCAAGCACAUGAAGACGCACGACGGGGGCAAGGAGGGGCCCGAGCCCGAGCCCAAAGGCGCCGGGGACGCGCCGGCCGCCAAGGGAGGCAAGAGGGAGCCGGAGGGGGGCACGGCCGCCCCCACAAACUGAGCCGCUGAGCCCCGGGGGGCACACGGGGGGCCGGGGGGACCCUUCGGGGCCGGUCUCCGGAGGGGUGGGCGCAGGGCUGGCACCUUGUGCCGGGAGCGGUGGCGCGGCCGGGCACGGGGCGGGGGGCUCGGCCCGGCACGGGGCUCGGGGCUCGCCCCCCCCCCCCCC